AUGCUCUCAAAAUUCCGAUUCUUGCAAAUUUCAGCAUCCUUUUCCUCUCCCAAGAACAAGGCUUUCGUUCCACACCAAUUCACAUUCAGCACAAAGCUCCGAUCGCGGAUGGGGUAUACGACGUCUUCCGGUUCCUCACCGUCCAAGCUGCUUUUCCGACAGCUUUUUGAGAAGGACUCGUCUACCUACACUUACCUUCUCGCCGAUGCUUCUCACCCUGAUAAGCCUGCUCUGUUGGUUGAUCCAGUAGACAAGACAGUGGACAGAGAUCUUUCCUUAGUGAAAGAGUUGGGCUUGAAGCUUAUAUAUGCAAUCAAUACUCAUGUACACGCAGAUCACGUCACUGGGACUGGGUUGCUUAAGAGUAAGUAUCCUGGAGUAAAAUCUAUCAUUUCUAAAGCAAGCAAUGCAAGAGCCGAUCUUUUUGUUGAACCUGGUGAUAGGAUCUGUUUCGGGGAUCUCUUUUUGGAGGUUCGUGCAACCCCAGGUCACACACAAGGUUGUGUUACCUAUGUCACAGGUGACGGGCCUAACCAACCUCAACCGCGGAUAGCUUUUACUGGUGAUGCUCUAUUGAUACGUGGUUGUGGGAGGACCGAUUUUCAGGGUGGGAGUUCUGAGCAGCUUUACAAGUCAGUUCAUUCACAGAUCUUUACAUUGCCGAAGGACACAUUUGUAUAUCCAGCCCACGACUACAAGGGCUUUUCUGUGAGUACUGUUGGAGAGGAGAUGCUACAUAAUCCCCGCCUGACAAAAGAUGAGGAAACAUUCAAAAACAUCAUGGCAAAUCUGAACUUAUCAUAUCCAAAGAUGAUUGAUAUAGCUGUGCCUGCUAACAUGGUUUGUGGGUUGCAAGAUGUUGAAUCCGAAGCUGUGUGA